GUACAUUUCAUUUAGCAACGGUGCGGAUUGUAUAGUGAUUGUCAACUUGAAACUUUCUAAAUGUCCGUGAUGAUCAAUGCCUUAGUCAAUUAUAUGCAUUGUUAUCGUAUCAUAAAAACACUCGUUUUCAAUGAUAGUGGGCAUAACAAGAGAGUAUGAACUCUCUUAUGCUAUUCGGUUACUCAAUAUACAACUUUGAACUGACCAAAUGUGUUUCAGAUGUGAUGAAUCAAAUAUUCGGAUACUCAACAGCAGAAAACAUGGUUUACAAAGUCUUGCUGUUUUCAAGCUUUUCGUUCAUGGAUUUUUAAGGUGCAUGUUAAUUAAAUAUGACGACAUUAUAUUGAAUCACUUACUAACCUUAUUAUGCAUACAAAUAAGAAAUCUAAUGCAAACAUACCAUCACGUAUCAUCGGUUCAUUGCUUUGUUUACUUAUCACCUUGUUUGGUGCAGCUUUAACCGGUUUUAUAGGUCAUAUACUUAUUGCUUUUGAAUAUAUCAGUGAAAUAUUUGGAAGAUAUAUAUUAUUUGGUGGAAUUUAUGUUAUACUAACAUGUGGUGUAUUCACUGUAUUGAUUGGUCUGCUUGGGUUUUUCAGUUUCAUACAUCCAAAUCGAUGUACAUCUAUCACGACUUGUGUUGGUUUAGUUAUUCUCAUUAUUACUACUACUUGCACAUCGGUGAUUGUUUAUAUGUAUCCUAAAACUAUGACAAAUUUGAUAUAUUACCGAAUGAUCAAAACAUUUCCAAAUUACGGCCAAAAUAUGCAAAUAACUAAUGCAUGGGAUAUUAUGCAAAGUAAUCUAAGGUGUUGUGCUAUACAUAACCGAGGUUGGUCAGAUUAUAAUCAAACUGUUUGGUACAAAUUAACCAACGCUGAUAUACAUCUUCAUGACGAACUUAUACCACGUACAAAUCUUUACUAUCAUUUUGUCCCCGUAUCUUGUUGCUUAACUAAAAUUGACGGUUUGACUGGAUUCCCUUUACAAAUUUAUCGCAAUAAGAAACGUUGUCAAAAUUGGCAAUACGGUCCACCAACAUUCCAAGAUGGUCCACAUAAUGAUGCAUUAUAUUAUCGAGGCUGUUAUAACCUACUUGUCGACUAUAUUAAUGCAUACGCUGAAUAUAUACUCGGAAUGGGAUUGACAGCUGUUAUUUUAUUGGUAACCGUAUUUCUGUUGCUGCUACGCGCAGAACUUAGGAAUAAUCCAACUGAUCUACAAAUAUACGACACAAACUUAUUAAAAAACUAUCAGAAUAAUCAUUAUUACGUUAAUAAUAAGUAACCUGCACAGAUUUUCAAAGAAUGCCAAAUUUUAAUGACCCGUCAUCAGUUCAAUCAUUUGACCCUCCAUUAAAGUCUCUCAAUUUAAUUACUACUCGAAAACUCUACACGUCGACUCAAUUAUCUAUGUCAACAGCAACUACCAGGAGUUGGUCGCUGAUCCUUUCACAUAAAAUAAAUGUGACUAACACAUACCACAUGGCUGUCAAGCUUUUUUGAAAAUAAUUCCUUUUGCAUUUCACAGUCCCAUACAUGACAAAUGAAUACAUACUUUUGUAAUCUUUGCUGUAUAUACUUUCUAACCUGUAUAGAUCUUUCUCUAACAUGUUUGCAAUUUUCUUGUAUGACUUUGGCAAUACAUUAUGAGAUGUAACUGUCUCGGAAUAAAAACCAACUGAUUACAAUAAAU